AUGACGGGCGUUUUUCUUGCCACUGGUGAUGAGCCUUCAUCAGUGUCCGAGCUCGAACUCGAAGAGGACGAAGACGAUGACAACGCCUGUCUUCGUUUUCUCUUUCGCGUCCUUUUGCGAAUCCCGUCUUUUGGUGGCAUCUUAAGUGUGGUGUUCACUCCCUUGAACCCAGCCGAGACCCUUGGACUCAAACUCGACAUGAGCAAGCGAAAGGCGACAGUGUUGCAAGAUAGCAGCGAAACAAAGUACUACUAUACUGGCGAAAUAUCCAAUAUGUUAUACGUGUUUGGGGAGGUUUUGGACCCAAUGACAGAGACGGUGAAUCUCGUCGAGGAGAUUGUCAGGGAUCAGAUUGUAGAAAUCAUCAAUCAGGCAAGGCAUCAAGCUAUGCGGCGUGGACAAAAGAGUUUCAAAGCAGAGGACCUCGUUUUCAUCUUGCGACAUGAUAAAGACAAAGUCAACAGGCUACGAACCUACUUGAGCUGGAAAGAAGUUCGGAAGCACGCCAAGGAUACAGAUGGUGGAGGUGUAGACGAUUUAGAAAUGGAAGAGGAUGACAGGCCUGACGAAGGGACGGCUCAGCAGAUGAACAUCAAACUACCGUGGGAAAUGAGAACAGUAUAUCUUGGAGCACUUUGGAGUAAUGGGCUCCUGGAAGAGGACGAAGAGGACGAGGAAAUGACGGAAGCGCGACAGGAUCGACUGCGCCAUCUUGAUGAAGCCACUCGAGAGAUGACCAAGGAUGAGUACCUCAGAUACAGCGAUAUGCGUCAAGCCUCGUUCACUCGUCGCAAAGUCGCACAGUUCAAGGAAUUCUUGAAUCUUCCUUCACAUAUGCAGCUCAAGAGUGGAGAUGACACUAUGGACAUCCUUGGUUUCCUAGCUUUCGAGAUUGUUCGCGUGCUAUGCGUCAAUGCCUUGCUAUUGAAACAGAGCAGGGAUGAAAUCACGGAGACCUCAGAAUUGGAUGGAUCACGACGAAGGAUGGAUGUCGAUUCUGUGGCUACUUGCUCCUUAUUCCUCCCGCAAGCCGAGCCUCGCACGGCACUGCGACCGGAUCAUAUUCGAGCAGCGUUUGUUGCCAUGCAGCACAAAGGUCGACAAAAGUCACGGAUGCUUAACAACUUCCGAGGAGGUUUUAGCGAUGGAAAAGCCAUUCCUGAAGUUUACUUUGGGAACUCUUACAACUUGAACCCUUCCAUUACCAUGAGCAAAAGAAAGGCCGUAUUGCAAGAUGGCAAUGAGCCCCGGUAUUAUUAUACCGUUGAAAUUUCGAAUAUGUUAUAUGUUUUCGGAGAAGUGCUCGAACCCAACACAGACACGGUGAACCUCGUAGAGGAGAUUGUCAGAGAGCAAGUGGUUGAAAUUAUUACCCAGGCAAAGGCACACGCCGUGCGUAGAGGGCAGAAGAACUUCAAAGCUGAGGACCUAGUCUUCAUAUUAAGGCACGACAAAGACAAAGUAAACCGGCUUCGGACGUACCUGAGCUGGAAGGACGUCCGAAAACACGCCAAGGACACAGAAGGUGGAGGGGCAGACGACUUGGAGAUAGGAGACGAAGAGAAACCGGAUGAGGGCACCGCUCAGCAAAUGAACGUCAAACUUCCUUGGGAGCUCAAGACAGUGUACCUCGGAGCACUUUGGGACAAUGGACUUCUUGAAGAUGAUGAAGAGGACGAGGAAAUGACCGAAGCACGACAGGAUCGACUGCGCCAUCUUGAUGAAGCUACUCGAGAGAUGACCAAGGAUGAAUAUCUCAGAUACAGUGACAUGCGGCAGGCGUCGUUUACUCAUCGCAAAGCUGCACGCUUCAGAGAAUUUCUAAACCUUCCACCCCAUAUGCAGCUCAAGAGUGGAGACGACACGAUGGAUAUUCUAGGUUUUCUUGCAUUUGAGAUCGUUCGCGUCCUCUGCACCGACGCACUCCAAUUGAAGCAGAGUGGAGAGCUGAAUGGCUAUAAAGCAGAGAACGCAGAACCAGAUGCUAAACGGAGACGAACAGAGUUUGAUAGCGAGGCUGCAGUUUGCGGCUUGUUCCUCCCACCUGCUGAACCUCGCACAGCACUCCGACCGGAUCAUAUUCGAGCGGCAUUCGCAGCUAUGCAGAGAAAAGACCAGAACAUCACGAAAGGACUCCAUGAUAAGUUCUACGAGAAACGAAAGGCUGCUGCUCUCGAACUAGAGAGGCAGGUUCGCGAUUGCAACACGCACCAUGACCAAGUGCGGAUUGAAGCCAUCUUGGAUCAAGUGAUUGAGUUGUUUUCCAACCCUUCACAUCCCUUACACGUGCGUAAUGGCGGUCUCAUUGCGCUCGCCGCUGUUGGUAUUGCGUUGGGUGGGGAUAUUGCACCAUAUAUGGAGAAAUUUAUCAACCCACUACUCGUUUGUUUCUCGGAUACUGAAAGUAGGAUACGCUACUUCGCUGCCGAGAGCAUGUACAACAUUGCCAAAGUCUCCCGAGGCGAGAUUUUGAUCUAUUUUAACCCCAUAUUCGAUGCAUUGAGCAAGCUCUCCGCAGACUCGGAAUUGUCUGUGAAGAAUGGUGCGGAACUGCUGGACCGACUUCUGAAGGACACUGUUGCAGAGUGUGCCACGGAGUAUCUAGCUCAGCACCCUGACUCUGAAAAGGCAAGGCAACGCGUGGAGGACAUGUACGGCCUGGGUGUCCUUGUCAAUCGACCGGAUGACAUCUCGUUGGUCGAAGAUAAGCCUGGUACCAAAAAGGCGUUUUCGCUGGCGAAUUUCAUUCCUCUCCUCGCCGACAGAGUCCAUGUUCUUAGCCCUUUCACUCGGAGCUUCCUCAUCAGCUGGAUCGCGGUCUUGGACAGUAUUCCUGAUCUGGAAAUGGUUUCAUACCUGCCACAAUUUCUAGAUGGACUCCUUAAAUACUUGUCGGAUCCUACAGAAGACGUCAGGACUGCAGCCGAGAACCUUUUGGCAGACUUCCUCAGAGAGAUACACGACAUUGCUGCUGUUGAAAAACGACGACAAGAGAGACAAGAAGCAAGACGGAUUGCUAGGCGAUUGGAGCAAGAGCGAUUUGGGUCAUUAAAUCCCAGUACAAGCGCCAACGGGAAGGCUGUGGAAACUUUGGAGACGAAUGCCGUAACGACUGGGAGUACGGACAAUGUUAGCAUCGCUUCGAGGAAGCCAGAACGUGUGGAAGAGAUUGACGAGCGAGAUCCCGGAGCGUGGGUUCCAGGCCAAGGCGUGAAGGUUGACCAUGCUGCAAUUGUCGAGAUUCUUAUUGAUCAGCUGGAAGGAGAGCACGAUGAAAUCCAGCAGUCGACAGCCUUGAGGUGGCUUUAUGAAUUCCUGACCUUUGCCCAGGAUGUAGUUGUACCUUUCACGCCCCGACUGAUCCCGGCUAUCCUUCCUAACAUCGCACACCAUGCGCCCGACAUUCAAGCUGCGGCAAACAAGACGAAUCAGUUGCUAUUCAGCGUCAUCCAGAGCCUCCCCCUCUCAGAACCCCUCGUACCUCCACCUCAAACCUUGACAACGCAGAAAAGCAUGAACAUGGCAACAGACUCCCCAGUACGACCCAGUAUGCCGAUUCUGCCUUCUAUCACAUCGGUUGGAAUCGCGCCUUCCUCGUCUCCCCCUGUUUCGUCGUCUAUACCGCGGCCGUCGACAAUUCCUGAGGGCCAAGAAGGUGCUUCUCAAGCACAAAAUAGGCUUCGCUCGGGUCUAGCUGAACAAGCAUCUGGCCAAAUCUCGUCAAACUCUUCGUUUGCCGAGAAGGAGGGUGGCGGGACAUCACAGUCACGCUCUGGAUCGCCUGAACGGGAACCUGAGAGGAAGGCAACUCUACCUGCCGGUGAUGCAAAGGAGGCUGUUGACGCCUUUGACUACCAUGCAACUGUCAGUGCUUUGACGAUUCGAUUCUUGAGUGAGCACGAGGACACGAGAGUUGCUGCUCUCAAGUGGCUCAUAAUGCUGCACCAGAAACUCCCGGACAAGAUCUUGGCUAUGGACGAUGGAACCUUCCCGGCUUUGCUGAAGAACCUCUCCGAUUCGUCGGAAGAGGUCAUCAAGUACGACUUGCAGCUACUCUCACAGAUUUCUACAAAUUCGGAUGAAAGUUACUUCAAGUCAUUUAUGGUCAAUCUCUUGGGACUCUUUAGUACAGACAAGCGAUUGUUGGAAACGCGUGGGAGCUUGAUCAUCCGACAGUUGUGUCUUAGCCUGAACACCGAGAGGAUAUAUCGAACUCUGGCUGAGAUCCUGGAGAAAGAAGAGGCACCAUUUGCCAGCAAUAUGGUGCAAAAACUCAACUUGAUUCUGAUUACUUCACCAGAACUGGCAGAGUUUAGGAAGCGUCUCAAGACAUUGGAGACUCGGCAAGAUGGCCAAGCACUAUUCGUCACUCUUUACCGAUCUUGGUGCCAUAAUGCAGUUGCCGCAUUUUCACUGUGCCUGUUGGCUCAAGCAUACGAGCAUGCUUCGAAUUUGCUCCAGAUUUUUGCGGAGUUGGAGAUCACGGUGCAUCUCCUUGUCCAAAUCGAUAAACUCGUUCAGUUAAUCGAGUCUCCGGUCUUCACCUAUCUUCGACUCCAACUCCUAGAACCUGACAAGUUUCCUUACUUGUACAAAUGCUUAUAUGGCCUUCUCAUGUGUCUUCCUCAAAGCCCAGCGUUCAUCUCGCUGCGUAACAGACUGAAUGCGGUCAGCUCCCUGGGAUUUUUGCAUAUUGCGCCCAAACCGAGCCAACCUCCUGUCAAUGUGGUUGCUUCUAACCGCUCCAAGCUUGGGAGGGAUGAGAUCAAGUGGCAAGACCUCUUUGCGCACUUCCGCUCUGUACAGAUCAAACAUGAAAAGGCGCGACGAGUGGGUCUAGGUGGCAACCCGGGACCUCUUCUUGAUGGUCAUUCGACAUCUGGGACGGCGGCUGGGACCUCCCAGGGUAGCCGACCACCCCAGAGAAGACGGGUGACAGGAGAUGCAUCCUCACCAUCUGGCUACACUUCUCCUCUUCCAGGUGUGACACAGCCGCCAGCUCGAGGAUCCGGUGCCCUCUCUCCCCUGAACCCACGAGCUCGAACGGGAACAGGCAACGGGAUUAUCAACGCCAUCAGCGGUGGCGCAGUCGUUGGACGCCCAAUGAGUCCUAGUUCCAUGCAACGCGUAAAGCGUGGCCUGAGCAUUACAAGGAAAUGA